AUGAAGGACCUUCUUGUUUCCAGUGGUGAGAAACCUUAUUACAACUUGGGCGAAUAUGGACGUGAGAUCCACACAACUUCGCAGGAAGCGCGGAAGUGGUUCAAUCGUGGCCUUGUAUGGUGCUACUUAUUCAACCAUGAAGCGGCUACGCAAUGUUUCGAGACGGCGGCUGCCCACGAUCCUAAUUGUGCAAUGGCCUAUUGGGGGAUUGCAUUUGCUUUGGGUCCCAACUACAAUAAAUCGUGGCGCAUGUUCACGUCGGUUGAUCGUCAGAAUUCCCUCAGGAAGAUACUCAGUGCCCUGGCGCGCGCGGAGAAAGUGCAAGCUGAUGUCUCACCUAUCGAAAGAGCACUUAUUUCUGCACUCGCCACUCGCUUUCUGCGCAGCAGCGUCGCCAUUCCAGAAGAUCUGUCACGAUUUGACUAUGCGUACGCAGAAGCUAUGCGUUCUGUCUACGAAGCGUACGGAGAAGACCUGGAUAUAACAACUCUGUUUGCUGACGCUGUCAUGUGUACUCGUCCGCGUCAGCUCUGGAAUCUCAAUACCGGAAAGACUACAGGAGCAGACAUAGAUGAGGCAAGGAUUGCAUUGGAGAAGGGUCUAGCACAAGUCGAAGGACGCAACCACCCUGGUCUAUGUCAUUUGUAUAUCCACAUGAUGGAAAUGUCGCCUUUUCCCGAAUUGGCACUCAAUGCAGCCGACAAUCUGCGACGACUUGUACCAGAUGGUUCGCAUAUGCAACAUAUGGCGACACAUAUUGACACCGCCUGCGGUGACUACCGUCGGUCUGUCGAUUCUAACUUCGACGCCAUACGCGCAGAUGAUAAGUCCGCAGAUGCACUUUAUGCUGCGAGGCGAUUACCUGAAGUCUUAAGUCUAGAAUUCAUGUCUAUCAAAACACCACGCAUGGUAGACUGGACUGAGUGGCAAUUGGUAACAUUACCUCACGCAUUGAUUCGUUUCGGUCAAUGGGAAAAGAUUCUCCAACUUCGACUGCCAGCAAACAGGGAUCUGCUCAGCGUUAUGACAGCGACAGUGCAUUAUGCACAAGGAAUCGCCUUCGCUGUACUUGGCCGGAUUACGGAGGCUUGCCACGCAAGGGACGCCUUUGAAGACGCUCGUAAGGCUGUACCCGACAAUCCUAUGCUUGAAGGCGAGUUGGAAUAUCGCAAGGGCAACCACUCUAAGGCGUUUUCCAUCUUGCGUCACGCCAUUAACUUAGAAGAUAACCUUGCUUACGCCGACCCACCGCUAUGGAUGCAACCUGUUCGACAUGCUUUCAGUGCUCUUCUCCUUGAACAGGGUUAUUCUGAAGAAGCGGAGAAGCUUUACCUGGAGGAUCUAGGGUUGAGUGAUAGCCAUCCCCGACGAAAGGCACGCAUCAAUAACGUGUGGGGCUUACAUGGCCUUUAUGAGUCCUUCAUGCGAAAUGGCAAGGAGGAGAAGGCUAAGAGUAUCCGCAUUCAACGCGACAUCGCGAUGGCUGCCUCCGAUGUUCCCAUAAAAGCUUCAUGUUUCUGUAGACUUUCGGCUAUCAAGAGGGACUAUGACUGUCAUUCGUAA